UUUGACCCAUGGGCAGAAAGCUUAAGGUUUUGCAACAGUGACGCUGCACAAAUAGCUCUAGGCUAUAUUAGAUGCGGGCUACUACCGCUAUAAUGGUUAACACCUCUCCGUUUUUUGCGCGGACGUUUUUUUUGUUUUUUCGUGGAUGAUUUUGUUUAUUAAAAUAUAUUUUGAGCCCAAAGUGGAGGGGCCAUUGCCCCCCCUGGCCACUGUGCUUCCGGCGCCUAUCAGCUCAACGGUUCCACAAACCGCACAGGUUCAUGUGACCUCACUGAUGGCUUUGAUGAGACCGGUCUGAUUCUAAACUCAAUGGAUCUGUUCCUUGCUGGGACAGAAACCACCUCCACCACCCUGCAGUGGGGCCUGCUGCUCCUGAUCAAAUACCCAGAUGUACAGGAGAAGAUGCAAGCAGAAAUUGACCAUGUAGUUGGGCAGUCACGCCAACCCAGCAUGGCUGACCGAGCCAAUAUGCCGUACACUGACGCUGUGAUCCACGAGAUUCAGAGAGUAGGAAAUGUUAUACCGCUGAAUGGUCCACGAAAGGCUGCAAGGAACACAAUACUGGGAGGAUACUUUAUACCCAAGGGUACAGCAUUGAUGACCAAUCUGACAUCAGUGCUGUUUGAUAAGUCUGAAUGGGAGACACCAGGGGAAUUCAACCCAGGUCACUUCCUGGACUCCGAGGGCAAGUUCAGGAGACGAGACGCAUUCAUGCCCUUCUCUGCUGGAAAGCAGGUGUGCCUUGGAGAACAGCUGGCUAGGAUGGAGCUGUUUUUGUUUUUCGUGAGCCUGUUUCAGAAAUUUAGGUUUUCCAUGCAAGAAGGAGUCAAGCUAAGCCUGGAAGGAGAUGUGGGAAUUACACGCAGCCCAUUCCCUUUCAAAAUUUUAGCACAUACACGCUGACAGAGCAUUGACCUUUUCAAUACAUUAAACUUAUGCAACAUUUAUAAAAUUAUACAUCGCAGAUGUAUUAUAUGCUUAUUUUUUAGAAAAAAAGUCAAGCAUCUUCACAAGAAUAAGGAAAAUGCAAAAAUGGUUAAAAGUAAUGGUUUAUGUUCACUUGUUUUAAUAACAAAAGAUUAAUUGUAACGCAGUUUUUUAUGUUUGCCACACUAUCUGGAAGUUAUCUCUUAGGCAAUCAAAGGCCAGAAAAAUGCUACGUUUAAAUCUAUAUCUGUAGAAAUGUAUCAACGUAUCAAAUUCAUCAAAUGU